CUUUCUUUCUCUCAGACCACCGCGGCUCUCUACGGAAGAAAGAAACCGCGAGAUCCCUCGUCCUGCUUUCCCGUUUGCACCUUUUGUGUGGGUUAGGGUUUUCCUUUUUUACCUCGAUCCAAGAGGAAGAUGAGCUCCACGGCUUCUACCAAGGGAGGCAGGGGCAAGCCCAAGUCCUCCAAGUCCGUCUCUCGGUCCCACAAGGCCGGCCUCCAGUUCCCCGUCGGCCGGAUCGCCCGCUUCCUCAAGGCCGGGAAGUACGCCGAUCGCGUUGGUGCCGGCGCCCCCGUCUAUCUCUCCGCCGUCCUUGAGUACCUUGCCGCUGAGGUUCUGGAGUUGGCUGGUAAUGCUGCGAGAGAUAACAAGAAGACUAGAAUCGUUCCAAGGCAUAUACAGCUUGCAGUGAGGAAUGAUGAGGAGCUGAGCAAACUUCUGGGGACCGUUACAAUUGCCAAUGGUGGUGUUUUGCCUAAUAUCCACCAGACUCUGCUGCCUAAGAAGGCAGGGAAGGAUAAGGGAGGGCUUGGGUCUGCAUCGCAGGAGUUCUAGAGUCCUAAUCAUCCCAAAUCUAUUCAGGAGAGGAUGGGGGUAUUUUCCAUUUGUGGUUUUCAUGUCAGUGGUAUUGACAACUUGAUGUAUGAAUUGGGUUGACCUAUGUAAUUUUUUUGGUAUUGAAUCAAACUAUACUCUUUGCUUUAUCCAAAAAAAUUGCCAAAAUAAUGGAUCUCUUUCUGUGUGUGUCAUGCUCUUUGCCUGUAUCAAAUUGGCAAUU